AUGAAUUGGAGAAACAUAAUAAAAUAUACUAUUUUUGUUGCCUAAAUAAUAAAUAUUACUACAGGAUUCUUGACAGAGGACAUUUUUAAACAUUUUAAUUCAUAAUAUAUAGUAAUUAUUAGUUAUGUAGUAUAUGAAAUAUCCCUUAUUUGUACUAUUGAUUAAAAAAAAGCUAAAAAAUCUACCUUUUAUUCUCAACUAGUUUUCAAUGUAAUCUACAUAUUAAUGAUAUUUGUGAUGGUGAUUCUCAUGUAUGAGAGCUAAGUAUAUAAAGAAUUACUGAUAUUUAUUCCUAUUUCGAUUGGCUUUCAUAUGACAUUAGUAGAUCUCUAUUUCCAUGAUUAUUGGCAUAUCCUAAAAAAAAAAUAAAAUGAAGAGAAUUUACGCUAAAUAUAAAUUAAUGUAUGA